AUGAAGAACCGAAGCAGAAACUUAGCGACCUUAAGUUUGAUGAUAAUAAUGGUAAUGACACGGACGAAGAUUGUGAAUGGACAAGAAGCAUUAUUAGGAAAGAAGGUAUUGCCGGUGUGCCACAGAGAAUGUAUGCCAAUAUGCAUGAACGUGACCGAAGCCACACAAGAGACUUGCGACAGUGCAUGUCAAUUAGGUUGUCUCCAGCUUCAAGGUCGAGGUACGGGACUUUCAGCUUCCGAUCAAGGAGUUGAUAUGGUCAUUGCAUAG